AUGAACGCGCUAGUCGGUUCCGGUCUGGACGCGGAUCUAGAUGACGCGGACAGCCUUUCCUCUGUUGCAGCAACCGCUUUGGAGUUCAGACACGGCGAUAGAGCUCGAGCGGAAACGCUUUUAAGGCGGUCUCUGGAUAUUAUCAAGAAAGCCGUUCUGGGUCCGGAGCAUCUCCAGGUGGCUGAUACGCUUUGUCAGCUCGGUGUGUCUGCUGGAGAGGCAGGUCGGCUGGACCAGGUGGAGGGAUUGCUGAGGCGUUGCCUGGCAAUUAGGAGAAAGAAGCUGGGGCAGGAGGAUAUGCAGGUGGCCUGCACGCUGUCUGAACUGGGUGCUUGCCUUCGAAAGGCCGGACAAUGGGGCGAGGCGGAGAAUUUGCUGAGGCGCUGCCUGACGAUCGAGGAGACCAAGCUGGGACCAGAGGAUGUGCAGGUGGCCACCACACUGCAACAGCUCGGUGUGUAUGCUAGAGAGUCGAGGCAGAUGGAGCAAGCGGGGGAAUUUGGAGGCGCUCCCUGGCAAUCGAGGAGACCAAGCUGGGACCAGAGGAUGUGCAGGUGGCCACCACAUUGCAACAGCUCGGUGUGUGUGCUAGCGUCGGGGUGAGGCGGGUGGAACAAGCGGAGGAAAUGUUGAGGCGCUGCCUCACCUGAAGGAGGCCAAGCUGGGCCCUGAGGACGUUGAGGUCGCGUUUGCGCUGCACGAGCUAGGCAUACGCGUUCGUGAACCAGGACGAUUGGGGGAAGCGGAGGUGUUGUUGAGGCGUUGCCUGGCGAUCAGGGAAACCAAGCUGGGCCGAGAGGAUGUAAAGGUAGCCCAUACGCUGUACGAGCUGGGCGCAUGCCUUCGACAGGGAGGUCGAUUGGAAGAGGCAGAGACAUUAUUGAGACGUUCUCUGAGGGUGCGGAAGGCAACGCUGGGGUCAGAGGAUGCCAACACGCUGCAUCAGUUGGGCAUAUGCGUACGAGAGGCGGGGCGGCAAGCAGAGGCGGAGAGAUUGCUGGGGCACUCUUUGUCAAUCGAGGAGGCCAGGCUUGGGCAACAUCAUGCCCAGGCGGCCGAUACGCUGCACGAGCUUGGUGUGAGUGUUCGUAAGUUGGGGCGGCUGCGGAACGCGGAGGCGUUGUUGGACGACUCAGGAAGAUCCACGCAGAGUCAGGGCCAACAACAUCCAAGCU